GUGAGCGGGCCACAGAGCGGGCCGGGCGGCUGCCCUGGCAGACACACACUUGGCUGCUCCGCCCUUGGAACUACGGAAGGAAACACGCUCCAGGUACAAAGAACAGUGAUUGUCAUACAACUGGAAAGAAAAGCAAAGAAAAUGCUUUUUGUUUUAGUUCGGACAAUUAAACAGAAACUGCAUUUUUAAUAUGAAGAACGGAGGAGGAAGAACAAGCCGGAUCAGAAGACGAAAACUCUUCGGAAGUUCUGAAUCAAGAGGAGUGAAUGAGAGCUACAAGCCUGAAUUUAUAGAGCUUAAGAAGUGGCUGAAAGACAGGAGGUUUGAAGAUGCAACCUUGAUACCUGCUCGUUUUCCAGGUACAGGAAGAGGACUGAUGAGCAAGACGUCCCUGCAGGAGGGACAGACGAUUAUCUCGUUGCCUGAGAGCUGCCUGCUCACCACGGACACAGUGAUCAGAAGCUACUUAGGGAUGUACAUUGCUAAGUGGCAGCCUCCUCCAUCUCCUCUGUUGGCUCUGUGCACCUUUUUAGUGUCAGAGAAGCAUGCUGGGGAUCGGUCUCCCUGGAAGCCUUACCUGGAGGUUUUACCAAAGGCCUACACCUGCCCAGUUUGUUUGGAGCCGGAAGUGGUGAAUCUUCUUCCCAACCCUUUGAAAACAAAGGCCUGGGAGCAGAGAAGCCACGUGCAGGAGUUCUUUUCUUCUUCUCGAGGCUUUUUCUCCUCCCUGCAGCCUCUGUUUUCUGAGGCCACUGAGACCAUCUUUAGCUACCGCGCCCUGCGGUGGGCCUGGUGCACCGUCAACACCAGGGCUGUGUACAUGAAGCGCCCGCCGCAGCUGUGCCUUUCCCCGGAGCCAGACACCUGCGCACUCGCCCCCUACCUGGAUCUGCUGAACCACAGCCCUGACGUCCAGGUAAAAGCAGCAUUUAACAAGGAAACUCGCUGUUAUGAAAUUAGAACGGCUAUACGCUGUGGCAAACACAAGGAGGUUUUCAUCUGCUACGGCCCCCACGAUAACCACCGCCUGCUCCUGGAGUACGGAUUUGUCUCCGUCAGCAAUCCUCACGCUUGUGUUUAUGUCUCAAAAGAUAUACUUGUUAAAUAUCUUCCAUCCACUGCUAAACAGAUGAACAAAAAGAUUUCCAUUUUGGAGGAUCAUGACUUCAUAGAGAAUCUGACGUUUGGAUGGGAUGGACCGUCAUGGCGGUUGCUCACAGCUCUUAAGUUGUUAUGUCUGGAAGCUGAAGAAUUUGUGUGCUGGAAAAAAGUACUUCUUGGGGAAAUAAUUUCUGAUACAAAUGAGAAGACAAGUUUGGACGUAGCCCAGAAAAUAUGCUGUUAUUUCAUAGAUGAGACUCAUGCCGUGCUUCGAAAGGUUUCUUGCAUGAAGGAUGAAGAAGUGGCUUUGAUGAACCAGUUGACUUUGGUAGAAACACUGCGGAUGGAAGAGCUGAAGAUUCUCCAGGCCUCUGCCAAGGCCCUGACCGCCUUGCAGACAGCUUUUACGUAACGCACUUCACCAAGUGUGUAAGGUCACCUCCUCUGGUGGGUGUGGCUUCUUUAAACAUUUUUAAACUCAGGUUUAUUUUAUAUGGACUCACUGAGAGUCAACGAAGAGUUUCUAUUAAACAGUUAUCUGCUCA